GUAAACCAUAAGGUUAGAGAGAAGCACUGGAUCUCAGCAGCGUCUACCGCACUGAUAGAUGCUCGAAAACUCAUUCCAUCUGGCUCUGAACAUAACGAAGAGCGGAGUCAGCUUAAGCGCAGGCUGAUAAUAAGCCUACGAAAUGAUCGCGAACACUGGUGGGUAGCAGAAUUAAGAGAUGGAAAAGGCAGCGGCACUCGAUAACAGCAGACAACUGUUCAGACUUGUUAAGGAAACCGAUAUUGGGAACCCAACUGUUAGCGAAACAAUCGCAGAGAAAGAUGGACAUAUUAUUCAUUCUCAAUCCAGGAGAUUGGAUCGAUGGGCAGAACACUUUAGGGAUCAGUUCAACUGGCCUUCAGCCACACUUCGGUUUCCCAUGAUAUCCAGUCGACCUGAAUGGCAAGUUGAUGUAAGUCCUCCGACUCUUUACGAAGUUGAAAAAGCUAUAGGAAAUCUGAAGCGUGGGAGAGCAGCAGGCCCUGACAGGUUUACCCCUUAGAUUUUUAAGGAUGGCGGUCCAGUAUUAGCAGCGAGAUUGAC